AUGCCAGCGGCCGCGCUCCCUCCGGGCUUCCGCUUCAACAAGGUGGUGGCCAUCAUCGCCUUUGACCGCUUCGAGUACUUUCGGCAGGUCAUCGACGCGCUGCGGCAGGCAUGGGGCGCACACGAGUAUGUGGUGACCAUCUGGAUUGACGGCCCGCCACAGAACGCCAGCAGCUUUGACCAGGAAGGCUGGCAGAGCAUUGUGACCUACUCGCAUCAGCUGGCAUGGCUGGCCCGCAAUGCCAGCCUGGGCUUUCGGGACGUGGUGGUGAAUGCUGCGGAGGCCAAUCUCGGGCUGAAGCGCAACAUUCGGAGAGCAGUGGCAGGCGCCAUGGAGCUGAGCGACUUUGCCGUGAUUUUGGAGGACGAUAUUGUGGUGGAGCGCGACGCGCUGCGCUGGUUUGAGUGGCACGUGACCAGCGGCCUGAUAUUUGACCGCCCCGACAUCGCCCUCGCCACGUGUUGGUCCACCUCCUUCCCUUUCCACCACGGCGCUGUGGAGGCCCACGAUUUGCUGAUGGUGCAGCAGCUGGGCCUGCUGGACAAGUAUUGGGUGGACCGCUGGUUCCAGCCGUGGGGCUGGGCGCUGUGGCGGCGCACCUGGGAUGCGCUGGGCGCUGAGUGGAAACCACGCGACAAGAGGCCUUGGGACGUGCGGCUGGGUCAGGUCAUGCAAGCGAACAGCUGGUUUGAGACGAUGCCGCUGGUGGCGCGUUGCAACUACAUUGGCAGCGUGGGCUCGCACAAGAUGGGCAUUACAAAGCGGCAUGUGCACCGGCCCAGCCGGGGCACCCAGCGAGCGCUGCAGGUUGUAUGCGGGAGUGGCGGUAAAGGCAGCGGCCCUGGCCUGACGGCAGACCAGCAGCGGCGGGCGGUGGGCAUCCUGAGCGCUGCCAGGAACCUUGACUUCCGCCGCCUCGGCAACCAGUUGGGCGGCACGCUGGUGGUGGAUGAUGCCUCCCACAAGCAGGAUGUGCAGCAAGCCAUCAAGGAAGGCAACCUCAGCUUUGGCUUCUCCGCGGGGGGGUGCCUGUUUCCAUACUACAUCGGCAGCGCUGGAGCACUGAUCGACGCCGGCAUCCUCACAGAGCGAGUCAAGAUUGGGGGUGCCUCCGCCGGCUCCCUGCUGGCCGCGUGCAUCAAGUCGGGGAUGCCGCUGGACAACAUCGUGGAGCAGAACUUGCGUCUACUUGCAGACCUGCGCCAGGGUGGCACGCGUGGCAGGCUGGGGGCUGUGCUGCACUCGUUUCUCAGGGAGCACCUGCCAGAGGAUGCCCACCUCAAAUGCAAGGACAAGGCCUACGUGGCAGUCACCAAGGUUACUCCCAUUGCCCGCCCCCUGCUGGUGUCUGAUUUUAGCAGUAGGGCCGACCUCAUCCAGGCCCUCAUGACCAGCUGCCACAUCCCGUUCUGGCUCGAUGGCAAUGCGUUCACAGAGUUCCGCGGUGAGCGGCACUGUGACGGUGGGCUGACCAACUUCAUUCCGCUGCCCCCCGGGACUGUGGGCGUCCGUAUCUGCUGCUUCCCUUCCCGCCAGCUUAGCCCAGUCUACAGGAUUGGCAUCAGCCCAGAUUCGUUUGAGCCCUGGGAAUACAGCUUGCGCCAGUAA